GGUUUUCUGUAGCAGAAUUUCCCCAAUUCUUCCAGCUCAUAGUCGAUUUCCAGGGAAAAGUAACAUCAUAAUGGCCAUGUCACCUACCAAAACAAGUGGAAAAGCAGUGAAAAAGGCAGGAAAGACCCAAAAGAGUGGUCUCAACAAGUCUGGUGAAAAGAAAAAACGUCCUAAGAAGAGGAAGGAGAGUUACGCCAUUUACAUCUACAAAGUCUUGAAGCAGGUACAUCCCGACACUGGAAUUUCGUCCAAGGCCAUGACUAUUAUGAACAGCUUCGUGAACGACAUUUUCGAGCGGAUUGCCGGAGAGUCUUCGCGGCUAGCCCAUUACAACAAGCGUUCGACCAUUACAAGUCGUGAAAUUCAAACAGCUGUACGUCUCCUCCUACCUGGCGAGUUGGCCAAGCACGCUGUUUCGGAAGGCACCAAGGCUGUCACCAAGUACACCAGUUCAAAGUGAAAAUGACUUCCGAGUGGGUCGACCACAAUUCAAUUUUUUUUAUUAGACUAUUUUUUUAUAUCUUCUAUAAUUAUCUACAUCGAUCAUAGCUGUAUUCAUUUGUCGUAGUGUUGGAAAGCUUUUGAGGUUGGGAAAUCACUAUUCAUCUUUGCUGAUUCAACCAAUGUGUGACUUGUGAUUUAUUAUUACUAUGUGAUCAUUCGCGCUACGUACAUAAAUUUUGAGUUGGCCUUAAUACAUCCCUUAAUUUCACAAUUU